AUACUGUGAUGCUAUAGACAGAUUAGAAGGAAUGUUGGGUCAUCCUUCAAGUGAGGCGAAGAAAGUGUUUGCUAGUGAGGUUUGUUCGCCGGAGAUUAGUGGGGAUGAAGAUGGAGUACGAGCAUUAGACAUUCGUGAUAAACUAGUCAGUGAAGUCGAACGAUUUAGAAGAGUGGAAAUGAAGAAGAAGGGAAAACAUUUACGGAGCUGUCCUGAUAAACGAAUCGCUGUGAACACUUAUGAAAGGAAGUUUGGAGAACUGAAAGAAAUGAUUCCGAAGCCUCAUGAAACAUAUCUGUCUGGGCUCUUC